AUGGAGCUAUCGAUGUGUUGGAUUUGGGUUUGUGUCCUGCUCAGCGUGCCGCUUGCGGGAUGUUUGGAGAUGCACCUUUCGGAGACUUUACAGCCCGGGACCCUUUUAGCAAACCUGUCGCUCGGCCCUGGAUGGACUUACAAACUUGACAGGACUUUAUCCACUAAAUCCAUUCAAGGCUUUUUCCAGGUCGAGAGGCGCGAUGGAGUUAUCCGGCUGUCCCGCAAAGUUAAGUGUGCGCACACGGCGAGGAACCCAGCGCCUGUGUAUUUCAGAACAGGUUCCACGACAUCUGGAGACGUUGUUCUCACACAGUUUAAUGUGUUUGUCCACGGCCAGGACUGUUUUAUUAAAUACAAGAGAAAGAAAGCGCCAGGUAAGCCAGACAUCCACAUUAAACACCUUUCAAAACUGGCGGCGACUUCCUGCUUCCCCGCAGGUAAACUGCUGUUGAAUGUCACACAACUUUUGCCCACCUUUACGCGCGACACCGCCUUUUUGGACAGCGUGUGCGUUGGAGAAGAGCUGAGCGCAGUGUUCAGCCGGGGGCAUUUGUUCCUGGCCACUGACUUGUGUCUUGAGCGCGGAGGAGAGCCCGGGGUGAGUUUGCACUGUGCGUUACACAGCUCACCAGGCGGCAGGCUCUCUGUGCAGCUGAGCCUGACGCUCGUCAAAGUGCCUAAACAACACGGAUCCCUCUCAGAAACCGCCCAGGGAAAGUCUGGCAAACUGAUCCGCAGGGGGAAGCGACAGGCAAACGCGUCUCCCCAGUUCCAGCUCCCCAACUAUCAGGUGUCCGUGCCCGAGAAUGAGCCCGCGGGCACGCGGGUUAUCACCCUGAAAGCCACUGACCCGGAUGAUGGGGAGGCGGGGAGGCUGGAGUACACCAUGGAAGCCUUGUUUGACAGCAGGUCCAAUGACUUUUUCAGCAUCGACUCUCAGACGGGGAGCAUAAAAACCGUCCAGUCACUCGACAGAGAAGUCAAAGACACUCAUGUUUUCAAAGUCACUGUAACUGACAACGGCUCCCCUAAAAGGUCUGCCACGGCUUACCUCACUGUCACCGUGAGUGACACCAAUGACCACAGCCCGGUGUUUGAGCAAACCGAAUACCGCGUCAGCAUCCGGGAGAACGUGGAAGUGGGGUUUGAGGUGAUGACAAUCCGAGCCACAGACGGGGACGCUCCCUCCAACGCCAACAUGAUUUAUAAAAUCGUGAACGGCGACGGUGUUAACUCUGUGUUUGAAAUCGACCCCCGGAAUGGCCUGGUGAGGAUCAGAGAGCGGCCUGACAGGGAGACCCGGGCCCAGUACCAGCUGAUUGUCGAGGCCAACGACCAGGGCAAAGACCCAAGUCCCCACAGUGCCACCGCCACUGUCCACAUCUCUGUGGAGGAUGAGAAUGACAACUACCCGCAGUUCAGCGAAAAGAGGUAUGUUGUACAGGUCCCAGAGAAUGUGGCAGUCAACACUAAAGUCAUCCAGGUGGAAGCGACGGACAAAGACGAGGGCAACAACGCCAAAGUUCAUUACAGCAUCAUCAGUGGAAACGUUAAGGGACAGUUUUACAUUCACUCCCCCACCGGUGUGAUCGAUGUCAUCAAUCCUCUGGACUAUGAGAUGAUUCGGGAGUAUAAUUUGCGGAUUAAGGCUCAGGACGGUGGCAGGCCUCCUCUGAUAAAUGGCACGGGGAUGGUGGUGGUGCAAGUGGUGGACGUGAAUGACAAUGCCCCCAUGUUUGUCAGCACGCCGUUCCAGGCGACCGUGUUGGAAAAUGUGGCCAUUGGUUACUCUGUGAUCCACAUUCAAGCGAUAGACGGCGACUCAGGAGAAAACGCCCGUUUGGAGUACCGGUUAACUGACACCACGCCUGGUUUUCCCUUCACCAUCAACAACAGCACAGGCUGGAUUACAGUGAGCGAAGAGCUUGACAGGGAGACCACUGACUUCUACACCUUCGGCGUGGAGGCGAGAGAUCAUGGUGUACCUGUGAUGUCUUCCUCUGCCAGCGUCACCAUCACGGUGCUUGAUGUGAAUGACAACAUACCCACGUUUACAGAGAAGGUCUACUCGCUGAAGAUUAAUGAGGAUGCAGUCGUGGGGACCAGCGUACUGACAGUGACGGCUGUGGACAGGGACGUCAACAGUGUGGUGACCUAUCAGAUCUCCAGCGGCAACACCCGGAACCGCUUUGCCAUCACUAGCCAGAGCGGUGGCGGACUCAUCACCUUAGCCCUGCCUUUGGAUUACAAGCAGGAACGCCAGUACGUCCUGACCAUCACCGCCAGCGACGGAACACGCUACGACACUGCUCAGGUGUUCAUCAAUGUGACGGACGCCAACACGCAUCGGCCCGUCUUCCAAAGUGCCAACUACCAGGUGAUGCUCAGUGAAGAAAAACCGGUGGGCUCCACUGUGGUGGUCAUCAGUGCGACGGAUGAAGACACAGGGGAAAAUGCUCGCAUCACGUACGUGAUGGAGGACAAUGUUCCUCAGUUUAAGAUUGACCCGGAUUCAGGCGCCAUCACAACACAAAUGGAGAUUGAUUAUGAAGACCAGGCCUCCUACACGUUAGCCAUCAUUGCCAGAGAUAAUGGCAUCCCUCAGAAAUCUGAUACCACCUAUGUGGAGAUUAUCAUCCUCGAUGCCAAUGAUAAUACUCCUCAGUUUCUUCGGGAUAUGUACCAGGGGAGUGUAUUUGAAGAUGCACCUGUCUACACCAGCGUUCUUCAGAUCUCGGCUUCAGAUAGAGAUUCUGGCUCCAAUGGCAGGGUGAGCUAUACGUUCCAGGGUGGCGAUGACGGCGAGGGGGAUUUCAUCAUAGAGACUUACUCUGGUAUCAUCAGAACUGCUCGCAAACUGGACCGUGAGAACGUUCCUGUCUACAAUCUGAAAGCCUUCGCUGUGGAUAAGGGGGUUCCGCCUCUGAAAGCGGCAGUUCCCAUUCACGUGGUUGUCCAGGACAUAAAUGACAAUGCUCCAGUGUUUGAGAAGGAUGAGCUGUUCAUUGACGUGGAGGAGAACAGCCCGGUGGGGUCCGUCGUAGCCCGGAUCUCUGCCACCGACCCUGAUGAGGGCACCAAUGCUCAGAUCAUGUACCAGAUUGUGGAAGGGAAUAUUCCAGAGGUUUUCCAGCUGGACAUUUUCAAUGGCGACCUCACUGCACUCACAGACCUGGAUUAUGAAACUAAAACAGAGUAUGUCAUUGUGGUCCAGGCCACCUCGGCGCCACUAGUGAGUCGGGCCACUGUGCACAUCCGCCUUGUAGACAUGAAUGACAACAAGCCGGUGCUGAAGAACUUUGAGAUUAUAUUCAACAACUACGUCACCAACAAGUCCAACAGUUUUCCAUCAGGAAUAAUAGGAAAGGUACCAGCUCAUGACCCGGACGUGUCGGAUAAGCUGCGGUACAAGUUUGAAUCUGGGAAUGAGCUCAGUCUGCUGCUGCUGAACGAGGAUACUGGGGAUCUGAGGUUGAGCAGGGAUCUGGACAAUGACAGGCCCCUGGAAGCACCCAUGACCAUUUCCGUCUCAGAUGGAAUCCACCACGUUGUGGCCCUCUGCACGCUGCGCGUCACCAUCAUCACCGAUGACAUGUUGACCAACAGCAUCACGGUGCGCCUGGAGAACAUGUCCCAGGAGCGCUUCCUCUCCCCCCUGCUCAGCCUCUUCCUUGAGGGCGUGGCAGCUGUGCUCUCCACCAAUCGGGAGGCCGUGUUUGUGUUCAACAUCCAGAACGACACUGACGUGCAGGGCUCCAUCCUCAACGUGACCUUUUCUGCGAUGCAGCCUGGAGGCGCCCCGGGUAAAGGGACGUUCUUUCCCUCUGAGGAGCUGCAGGAGCAGAUCUACCUCAACAGGACUCUGCUCAGGAUGAUUUCCUCUCAGGAGGUGUUGCCGUUUGAUGACAACAUCUGCCUGCGGGAGCCCUGUGAGAACUACAUGAAGUGUGUGUCGGUGCUCAAGUUCGACAGCUCCCCACCCUUCAUCGCCUCCGACACGGUUCUGUUUCGGCCCAUCCACCCCAUCAACGGGCUGCGCUGCCGAUGUCCGCUCGGUUUCACCGGCGACUACUGCGAGACCGAGAUCGACCUCUGCUACUCAGGACCCUGCAAGAACAACGGGAGAUGCCGCAGCCGAGAGGGAGGCUACACCUGCGAGUGCCUGGAAGACUUCACAGGCGAGCACUGUGAGCUGAACGCAUCAUCAGGCAGAUGUAUACCGGGUGUGUGUAAGAACGGCGGCAAGUGUGUGAACCGGCUUGCGGGUGGUUUCAUGUGCCAGUGUCCACAGGGGGAGUACGAAAAGCCCUACUGUGAGAUGACCACCCGCAGCUUCCCCGGACAGUCCUUCAUCACCUUCAGAGGCCUGAGGCAGAGGUUCCACUUCACCGUCUCCUUCACGUUUGCUACCAGAGAGAGAAACGCUCUGCUUCUCUACAAUGGCAGAUUCAACGAAAAGCACGACUUCAUCGCUGUGGAGAUCAUUGACGAGCAGAUCCAGCUCACCUUCUCUGGAGGUGAGACAAAGACCACAGUAUCUCCCUACAUCCCAGGCGGGGUCAGUGACGGCCAGUGGCACUCUGUCCAGCUCCAUUACUACAACAAGCCCAACAUUGGCCGUCUCGGCAUCCCUCAUGGACCCUCUGGAGAAAAGGUGGCUGUGGUUGCUGUGGAUGACUGUGACAUCUCCAUGGCAAUUCGCUUUGGAAAGCAGAUUGGCAACUACUCCUGCGCCGCCCAAGGCACCCAGACCGGCCAGAAGAAGUCACUAGAUUUGACAGGGCCGCUGUUGCUAGGCGGAGUUCCCAACCUACCUGAGGACUUCCCGGUCAGGAACAGAGACUUUGUGGGCUGCAUGAGAAACCUCACCAUCGACAGCAAAGCCAUCGACAUGGCCAGCUACAUCGCUAACAACGGCACCACAGCAGGUUGUCCAGCAAAGGUAAACUUUUGCACGAAUGAUGUGUGUCAGAACGGAGGAGUGUGUGUCAGCAAGUGGAACACCUACAGCUGUGACUGCCCAACAGGUUACGGAGGCAAGAACUGCGAACAAGUGAUGCCAUCUCCUCAGUUCUUCGACGGCCAGGCUCUGGUCUCCUGGAGCGACCCAGAGAUCACCGUCGCUGUUCCCUGGUACAUGGGCCUCAUGUUCCGCACCAGGCAGCCUGCUGGCACCCUAAUGCAGGCCAAUGCCGGACCCUCCUCCACCAUCAACCUCAUGGUGAGCGAGCAACAGGUACGUAUGGAGGUGUUGCUGAGACAGCAGCUGGUGGCCUCGCUGGGCUUCCCACAAGUUCGUGUCAAUGACGGGGAGUGGCACCACCUGCUGGUAGAACUGAGAAGCGUUAAAGAUGGGAAGGACAUCAAAUACAUGGCUGCCGUGUCCCUGGACUACGACAUGUACCAGCAGAAGUCAGUGGAGAUUGGUCAUGACCUUCCAGGACUGAAGCUACAAACUCUACAUGUCGGAGGUUUGCCUGGAGCGGACAACCACGUCAGCAAAGGAUUUGUUGGCUGCAUACAGGGUGUGCGUAUGGGUGAGACGUCCACCAACGUGGCCAAUGUGAACAUGGCUCAGGGUCUGAAGAUCCGCGUGGAAGACGGCUGCGACCUGGCUGACCCCUGCGACUCCAACAUCUGCCCGGAGAACAGCCACUGCAGUGACGACUGGAGCACGCACACCUGUGUCUGUGACCCAGGUUAUUUUGGGACAGAGUGUGUGGAUGCUUGCCAGCUCAACCCUUGUGAGCAUGUCUCCACCUGCGUUCCCAAACCAAGUUCUUCCCACGGCUACACCUGUGAAUGCGGACAGAACUACUACGGCCAGUACUGUGAAAACAAAGUGGAGAAGCCAUGUCCUCAAGGUUGGUGGGGCAAUCCAAUGUGUGGACCCUGCAACUGUGAUACUGAGAGGGGAUUUCAUAAAGACUGCAACAAGACCUCUGGAGAGUGUCGCUGCAAGGAAAACCACUAUCGGCCCGAGGGUGAGGACACUUGCUACCCCUGCGAGUGUUUCUCUGUUGGCUCUGAGUCGCGAAUGUGUGACCCCAUCACCGGACAGUGCCCCUGUAAAGGAGGUGUCAUCGGCCGUCAGUGUAACCGCUGUGAUAACCCCUUCGCUGAGGUCACUCCCACCGGAUGCGAAGUUGUGUACGAGGGCUGUCCCAAAGCAUUCGAUGCAGGCAUCUGGUGGCCCAAGACCAAAUUUGGACGUCCAGCUGCCAUGAACUGCCCCAAAGGAUCCGUCGGUACUGCCAUCCGCCACUGUAGCGAUGAGAAGGGCUGGUUGUCGCCUGAGCUCUUCAACUGCACCACCAUCACCUUCUCCCAUCUGAAGAAACUGAAUGAGGACCUGCGUCGCAACAGCUCAAGGAUGGACAGCGAGCGCUCCAAGACCAUAGUGCGUUUGCUUCACAGCGCCACCAAUAACACCGAGCAUUACUACGGGAACGAUGUGAAGACGGCCGCCCAGCUGCUGAAUCAUGUGCUGCAGUAUGAGAGCCGGCAGGCAGGAUUUGACCUCACUGCCAUGAGGGAUGCAGAGUUCAACGAGAACCUGGUGCGGGCAGGUAGCUCCAUACUGGAUCCUGACAACAAGGAGCACUGGGAGCAGAUCCAGAGGACUGAAGGAGGCACCGCCCAUCUGCUCCGCAACUUCGAGGACUAUGCCAACACCCUGGCACAGAACGUCAGGAAAACCUACCUGAAACCCUUCACCAUCAUCACUGACAACAUGAUUCUAACCGUGGACUAUCUGGAUGUGUCGGACCCGGAGAGGGCGACGUUGCCUCGGUUCCAGGACAUCCAGGAGGAGUACUCCAAAGAGCUUGGGUCCUCCGUCCACUUUCCCCAGUUCAAUCUCCGCACUCAGGGCCACAGAGCGGACACUCCUGCACCUCCAACUCAGACAGAUCCCCCACAGGAGGAGGAGCACACAGUGUCCGACAGGAGAAGGCGCCACCUCGAGCCAGCUGCCCCACUGCCGGUUGCCGUGGUGAUAGUGUACAAAUCGCUGGGGCAGCUACUCCCGGAAAGAUACGACCCCGACCGCAGGAGUCUGAGGAUCCCAAACCGUCCAGUGAUCAACACAGCUAUCGUGAGCGCCACGGUGCACAGUGAGGGUCCUCCUCUUCCUCCCAUCCUGGACCCCCCCAUCACCUUGGAGUACACCCUGCUGGAGACGGAGGAGAGAACCAAACCCGUCUGUGUCUUCUGGAACCACUCCAUCGCGGUCGGCGGUAGAGGCGGCUGGUCCGCUAAAGGCUGCGAGGUGCUCAACAGGAACAACAGCCACAUUAGCUGUCAGUGUAACCACAUGACCAGCUUCGCCGUGCUCAUGGACAUUUCCAAAAGAGAGCACGGGGAUGUUCUCCCCCUGAAGAUCGUCACCUACACCACGGUGUCUGUCUCCCUGCUACUCCUCCUCCUCACCUUUAUCUUGUUGUGCCUCCUGCGCCGGCUCCGCUCCAACCUCCAUGCCAUCCACAGGAACCUGGUAGCAGCGCUCUUCUUCUCCGAGCUCGUCUUCCUGCUCGGCAUCAAUCAGACUGACAACCCGUUUGUGUGCACGGUGAUCGCCAUCCUCCUCCAUUACUUCUACAUGUGCACCUUUGCCUGGAUGUUCGUGGAGGGGCUGCACAUCUACCGCAUGCUGACAGAGCUGCGGAACAUCAACCACGGCCACAUGAGGUUCUACUACGCCAUAGGCUGGGGCAUACCGGCUAUUAUCACUGGUCUGGCCGUUGGUCUUGACCCUCAGGGUUACGGGAACCCAGACUUCUGCUGGCUCUCCGUCCAUGACACUCUCAUCUGGAGCUUCGCCGGACCCAUCUUUGUCGUCGUCCUGGUGAACAUCGUGAUCUUUAUUCUGGCUGCGAAGGCUUCAUGUGGGCGCAGACAGAAGGCUGUGGAGAAGUCAGGAGCUAUUCCUGCACUUCGAAUGGCCUUCCUCCUACUGCUGCUCAUCAGUGCCACCUGGCUGCUCGGCCUAAUGGCGGUCAACAGCGAUGUGAUGACCUUCCACUACCUGUUUGCUGGCUUCAGCUGUCUGCAGGGAGUCUUCAUCUUCUUCUUCCAUGUGGUCUUCAACAAAGAGGUGAGGAAGAACCUCAAGAACGUGUUCACAGGGAAGAAGAGCAUGCCAGACGAGUCCAGCACCACAAGGGCCUCUUUGCUCACACGUUCCCUCAACUGCAACAACACGUACACAGAAGACGGAGCUCUGUACCGCUCGGGCAUCGGCGAGUCCACCGUCUCCCUGGACAGCACGCUCAGGGAGGAGUCUGGUCAGAAGCCCAGCGUCUCUUCAGGGACAGCGAAAGGACACACAGAUCUGGAUGGACCUCUGUUCCACAGGAAUGGCACCAAGGCAGAUGACUCUGACUCAGACAGCGAGCUGUCAGUGGAUGAACACAGCUCCUCCUACGCCUCCUCCCACUCCUCGGACAGCGACGAAGACGACAUCGAUGUCAAGCCCAAGUGGAACAACGAGAGGCAGCCCGUUCACAGCACGCCUAAAGUGGAUUCAGUAUCCAAUCACGUGAAGCCUUACUGGCCAACAGAGGCCACCACAGCCAGUGACAGCGAGGACCCCUGCGGUGCAGAGAGGCUGAGGGUGGAGACCAAGGUGAACGUGGAGCUGCACCCGGAAAAUAAGCUCAACCACAUCGGCGAAAGAGAGAGGGAGACCCUCCAGGAGAGAGACAAACAAACGGCUGGUAACGCUAGAGACACGGCGCCCCCUAGCCAACCCAACAGCAACAGCAACCACCAACCAGAGCAGAGAAAAGGUAUCUUAAAGAACAAGAUCAGCUACCCUCCACCGCUGAGCGACAAGAACAUGAAGAACCGUCUGAGGGAGAAGCUGAGCGACUACAACCCUCCCACCAUCACCUCCCCUCCCUCCAACAACAACAACACCUCCUCCCCGCCUCCCUCCUCCGUCAACAUCAUAACCCCUUCGUCCCGGCCGCCCUCGCUGGCCUCCAACGACGGAGGCCGCCCUGGCAACCACGACAACUCCCUCAUCAAGCCCCCCGUCGCCCCACGGCCGCAGAUUCCUGUCGGGGCCCCACCAGCGGCCAUCUACCGUGAGACUAAUGGGGGAGUGGCAAUGCACUUGAAGUCGGGGACGGUCAACGGAGGCAACGACUCUGACUCGGAUGGCAGUAACGAGACUUCGAUCUGACAUGCUAGGAAAACCCAGACCAGCCUGCCCUUGUGAGAGGAGGAGCGAAGAACCUGCUGGGUGACGAGAGGAAAGGAGGAGAGCCAAGAGGAUGGGAAUAAAAGAAAAGUGAAGAUGGACGGGUGCUGCAGGUUGGGUGAAAGGGGGGAGAAAGCGUUCUCCACGCCUGAUCUGUCCACCCAUCCCUCCUCUCAUGUUCCCUCUCUCUGGAGAGCAGUAUUAACGGCAGACUGUAAGCCUGCCUGAGACAAGAAAAUAAGCAGAGGCAAUGAAAAGAUGUGAGACAUAAUAAAGGGAAUGCUGUGUCGGACUGUACCAAGAGAGGAUGCAAUGUAGCCACGUGUGCCAAAACCGCUGCAGGGGACGGGGGACGGAGAGAUGAAGAAUUCCCCCAGGAUGCAUUGCAAUCCCCGACAUGAUGUUCCUCGUAGGCGGUUAUGAGGGGUCGCCCUCUCAGUGGGCAAAGUCAGGAAAGCUGGACAAUACUCUGGGACACUUCUUUGUCGCGGAGAAAGACGGACGUAUAAUCACUGUGCAUGAACCCAGACUCAAAUACAAACUGGUACAUUUGUAGUCCAAGAGGAUUUCAAGGACUACAAGUCCUUUAAAAGGUCCAACACAUCCUCCUCUCACUGACUUUUGGACACAUCCGACGGCACUAUCACACACACCAAGUGCUCUUCUUCUUCUUUUUUUAUUUUAAACUCAAAGAAAGGCUUCCCCAGCCUCUCAAUGCAGUGCAUUUAGAGUGUAAUUAAUGUAGAUAUUGUGAAAGGUGAAGAAGAAAUGAACUAUUUUGUAUGUCAGCUGUAGCGAGGACGAGUUUCUAAACUAAAAAUCAUUUGCCCGUGUUACGUCGGGAACACUUUCCAGUGGUGAAAAUCACUUGAUAUGCUGACUGAGAGCAACAAUGGAUGUGCCUUCACCCUGACACUGUAUUAGCCUGUAGUGGGCUCUCAGGUGAUGUACCACUCUCUGGCAGCAUAUUCUGCUAUACGGACACAUACACUCACAUAAUGCAUGCGAGACUGUUAUGUUUGUGUGUGUGAGUGGCCUAGAAUGUGCACACACACACAGAACGGCGGGCCUAAAUGAACACUGAUUUUGCUUUUCACUUUGAGCACUGUGAACCUGAAGCCUUCUUUUCCAGUGCCCAUCCUGCCCGUUUGUCCGAUACAACAUCCUCCCGCUUACCAAAGUCAUCAAAUACAGUAAACGUGCACGUUACAGUUGGAGUCAGUUCACUUUUAACUCUGUUUUAUUCCAAAGUGAAAAAAUGCAUGUGUUGACCUUGAAAGGAUUAGAGGUUUUAUUCAGACGGAUGCUUUUCAAGCACUCUCUGAUGGAUUUGUUUCAUGCAGAAUUGGCAUGUAUGAACCCUUCAGUGCAAAUGAAAUAUUCCGUCCUCAUUGGUAAAUUUCGGAAUCCGAGCUCAAAGUGAAAACGAUGCGAACUCUAAUGCAUUUUGCAGCUUCUGUAAGUCAACUGAAAGUCUUGUUUACCACUCACUGAAUGCCUUUGUACCAUACAUACUGUACAACUCCAGUGUUUCGCCCUCCUGUAAUCAAUGCUGUUAAUAAACGCCCUUGUUUUGUUUUUUUUUAUUGAUCCAAGACACUGGAAAUGUUUUGUAACAUAAUGUAUAUUUAUUUUUUAUGGUUUUAAGAC